CGGAUUCAGUCUCUGAUUCACCAAACAACUGUUCGAUUUUUGUUUGGGUUAUGUUUAAAUCAGUGUCCCAAUCGGCGGGAACAUCACUUUCUCUACGUGAUCUACACGUAUCUACAGUACAGUACGAUAAUGGCAAAUAAAUAUUCUCAACGCAGCGGGAAUGUCAAACGCAUGCUGAGCUGUCGCAUGUGCAUGUGCUUGCACGAAAUCGUCCUGCAUUGGAAUGUGCAUGCGCGAGCGCCGCACGUUUCAGAUGUUUAAAACCACAUUUUCAAUACCGCAUUUCUCAGACCUCGUGUAUAACGCGCAGCAUUGAUUUUUGCCUAAAAUUCAGUUCAAAAUUUUGCGCGUUAUAAUCGAAUAAAUACGGUAUUUGAUUGAAAUUGUCGAAAUUCUAAUUUAUCUGUAUGAUAACUGGAUUUUUUAAAUUAAAAUACUCGUCUAGUUUAAUAUUUAAUUCAAUUUGGAAGAACCAUUUAAUUUGGUUUUGGCGUCGCAGGAUAUUUAAAUUUUGAACAGCCUACUAUUAGCUUACUCAAUAAAUCAUUCAAGCAAAUUUAUGUCACUACAGUACAGCACACUAUACAAAUCGAGUGACAUUGUCCUGUUUCAGAGAAACCCAUUUUACCGAUGAUCAGACAGUCCUCCUUUGGCAGACGUCUGGACAUUGUUGUCCCUCAAUAUCGGUAAAAAUGCAGUAUAAUGAAGUUGGCGCAAAAUACUACAAAAAAGCGCAAUCUAAAAACGUCAUCAUUGAAUUUCUCUGGAAAAAAUAAUCCAAUUUACCGAAGGGAAAAAGUUUUUUACCGUGGCAUUCGAGAGUUUUUAGCGAAAAACGGCAAUUUUGGUCACAUGGCGGCCGCGAUUAAUUUAGAUUACUAUUGAGACAAGCAUGGCGUGAUAUGACGCAUCCGACGUGGUGCCCUCUUUUGUGAGACACAUGGAGUGUAUGUUUUAUUGAACAAAUUGGAGGGAAAUUCUAUGAAUUUGGAUAUUGUGUCGUAUUGUACUACUAUAUUGGCGCUUCUUUUAUUUGCCACAUUAAUGUCAUUCUUUUUCUGUAAUCAAUACUGUAGUAAUUCUUACCAAGACAUUUAAUAGGCCUAUAUAAAAUAAUCCAAUUAAUAUUUCAGUAAUACUUAUAGAGCCAUUAUUUACUGUAUAUUGGAUUUAAGUAAUGUCAGACUUUUGCUGAAAAUUUUCCAUUCAAUGAAUUUUUUCUAAACAAGGGAAUCAACAUGUCUAUUGAUAGUAGACUUGAAAAAGUUUUCGACGACGCAUUGAAGACAGAUACAAUAGUGAAUGUUUUUGCUGGAUUUGUUCGUUUAACUCCAGAAGAUCAUGACAAACGGCUCCGUGCAUGCCUUUCUCAAUUUCAAGAAAUGACCCGAGAGAUUGCGCCCGAAGAUUGUGUGUCUGGUUUGUUGAAUUUUUUCCAUAAACAAACUGUUUUACGUCACAUAAAUUUUGUAGCGGACAUGAUCAAAAUUUGUUUGAAGGAUUCGAUACUACCUACCAAAACAGUUCUGCAGCGUUUAAUUCCUCAUGAAAUGUUGAAACAUAAUCGUCGUGUUCAUUGGUGCAAAACGUUUGAAAUUUUAAAGGAAUAUAUUCAUUUAAUUGAAUAUAAAGGAUGUCGUGAUAUUCUGCAUCUAGUUCUGUUGAAGUUGAAAAAUGUACCGACAACAUCUUGGUCUGAAAUGACAGAACAAAUGAAUGCUAUAAUUGAUGUAAUUGAAUACCUAUUAGAUCCAGAAGCUUGUCUAUUACCAGGGUAUUUAGCCGUUAAUGAGAUUCGUCAAUAUUCUGGGGAGGACCAACCACCCGGUCAUUGGAGUCUAUCAGGGAAAGUCGCGGAGUUUGUAGACAGAUUUCGUGCAACGGCGACCAUGGUUUCCACAACAGGACGGUCACAUCUUUUGCCGGUUGUUUUUCAUUUUUCUGUUCCGUUAACGACCACUUGGAAACUUGAUCAUGAGACUUUGAGAUUCACAACGAAAGGACAACUUCCGUAUGAUAAAAGUUUAUAUCAACGCCAAACGAAGCUCUUGAGAUACAUUCUUGAGCAGCCGUAUUCAAGAGAUAUGGUGUGUCAUGUUCUGAAUCUUCAAAAACAGCAAAAGCAAAGAUGCGAAGCGUUAGAAACAGAACUGGUUGAUUUAGUUGUCAGCACAAUGGAACGAACUAGUGAAAUCGAAAAUUUAGAUGAAAAGGACGAUGCUUAUCGUAUAAUACAUUUACAAUGGCAACAUUUAUCAAGUCAGGUGAUCUACUUUGUUCUUUUGCAAUUCGCAGUUUUCCCAAGAAUGGUUGAAAAUUUUUAUCAGAAACUUUCAUCAAGAAAUGUCAAAAAUGGACGUGAUCAUUUGAUGUGGGUCUUGCUUCAAUUUAUUUCAGGAAGCAUUCAAAAAAAUCCACUUAGCGAUUUUCUUCCGAUUAUAAAGUUGAUGAAUUUGUUGUAUUCUGAACGUCAACCUCUUCCAGAACCUGAUAUAACGAAGCCGUUCAGCACACACAAGUUUGCUGCAAUUUGCAUUUUAAUGCAUUUGAACAGGAAAGCCCAGAGUGAUAAUCAACAACAAGAAAAUGCAAGUUCUAACAGCUCUUCGGGGUCUAUUAGCACCACGUCCAAAACUGCACAAUUUCAACAUUGUGCGAUACCAGUAUCAUUACAAAAACACCACGAGUAUUUGCAGCGUUGUUUGGAAUCAAAGAACAACAGUUUGCAAGACUAUGCGAUCGCUCUGAUAUGUAACGCUUGUAGCACGACAACAGAACUUUUCAACGGACCUAUUAACUCUCUAGUUGACAGUAUUUAUGGAGAUUCGACCACGACACCUUUACCCGGAGAAAACUGCGUAGCUUUUGCUAAAACAACACCACUUUCAAUGAGUCUCCUCGAUUCUUUAACUGUUCACACAAAAAUGAGUUUGAUUCAUCAUAUUGUGGUCAAAGUUAUGAAUUUGGCGCAGAAUAAUUCGAACGUGGCUUUGUCACCUGCAGUGGUAGAGACGUACAGUCGAUUGUUGGUUUACAUGGAAACGGAAUCGCUUGGGGUCAAAGGUCUUAUUAGUCAAGUAUUUCCGAAAGUUUUACAAAAUAACUCACUCGGUAUUUUGAAUACUUUAUUGGAAAUGUUCAGCUAUCGUUUGCAUCAUAUUCAACCUCAAUAUCGCAUCCAAUUAUUGACAAAUUUACACCGGGUAGCAGCAGAGCCUAAUACUGAUCAUAACCAGUUACAAAUUUGCGUAGAAAGUACUGCAUUACGAAUGAUCACAGCAUUGUCCAACGCAGAUGUUAAACCACAAUUAUCACGAUUCACGAGUGAACCGAAACAAAUAAUUUCCAAAGAAUCGGAGGAACUUAACCGUGCAUUAGUGCUCACACUUGCAAGAUCAAUACAUAUCACAGGGGCCGAGACAAUUUCUGGAUCGUGGUGUAACGAUAUUCUGAAAGCAAUUUUGGAAGAAACUCCACAUAGAUGGGCUUCACAUACUUUGAAAUGUUUUCCACGUAGUUUACAAAUAUUUUAUCAACAUAACCAAAUCGAAUGUACGAAUAAAGAAACGUUAAAAAAUAAUGUCGAAGACGAAUAUCGAAAAUGGGGCCAAGUUAUUAGUAAAAGUGCCCAACCUGGCAAUUCGAAUAGCAACAGCAAUGCAGCAGUAAGCGAAAGUGACGCUUUAGCGUAUUUCACUAUGGAUGGCUCACCUCCGUUCUUUCUGUGUCUGUUAUGGAAGAUUCUAACUUUAGACAGAAAGCCUUCACUGGUUUGUCACAAUAUUCUAACUGUCAUUGGACGUCGAAAAUUAUCAACACAUGUGCGAACUUUUUCAGAUUUUUUGGUGCACGAGUUCUCACUAGAUGGUGGUAGUCAUGUAAAACGAUACAUUCCAAUUGUGCGAGAUAUGAUUUUGAAAUAUAAUCUGGUAUUUCUGGACCAACUAAUUUUAUGCUUGGCUUUGCGUUGCAAUGAAGGAAAUGAAGCGCAGGUUGCUUUCUUUAUUAUUCAGUACUUGUUGAUGAAGCCGGAUGAUUUCCGUGCGAGAGUUCAUUCAUUUGUACAAGACACAAAAUCUGCGGAACAUUGGACGCUAGAUGACUGGCAUGUCAAACAUAUGAAUUAUCAUCGAAAAUUUCCUGAGAAAUUUUAUUUCGAAGGUUUGAAAUCUUCGGCCACUGAGGGCGAAGAAGAAGAAAAGAGCUCGGAUUCUUCUCAGCAAUAUUUGCCGGUUUAUUUUGGAAACUUGACUUUGAGAUUUCUUCCAGUUUUCGAUUUAGUUGUUCAUCGAUUUUUGGAAUUAAUGCCGGUAACGAAUUCGUUAGAAACAUUACUUGCUCAUCUUGGUCCGUUGUAUAAAUUCCAUGAACAACCCAUUACGUAUUUAUUCAAUACGUUGCAUUAUUAUGAAGCUAGAUUACGCGAUCGUCAUAGUUUGAAAAAAACUCUUGUUUCGACAAUUAUAGGAUCAAUGAAUGAUACAAAACCGCAGAACUGGGCAUUAUCUGAGCAAUACUUGAAUUACGCUGCUCAACAAGACAAUUGGAAACCUGAAAACAAUUAUUUUUGUAUGUUAGUGAGACGUCUUGUUGAUACAAUUGAUGGGAAACAUCCAGCACCGUUUCCAGCUUGCGAUUGGCGCUUUAAUGAAUUUCCAAACGCCGCUGCUCAUGCUCUUCACGUCACUUGUGUUGAGUUGAUGGCUUUACCAAUGCAACCUGAAUCUGUUGGUCUGGCUUUAAUGGAAGUUGUUCUCAAAAUGCAAUCUGUGAUAGAGCGCAAAUAUGUAAUGAUGUGGACCAAUGCUGUUGCUCUUUUACUCACAACUUUACCGGAAAUUUACUGGAAACCGUUACACACAGAAUUAGUGAAUGUAAUACAAUCACCAGCACUGAAUUCUUCUGCAGUCGGCAUGACAGAGUACCCGUAUUACUUGCUUAAAUUUUCCGAUCAGCACUUGUCUUUUUCUGACCAUUCUUGCACGCGUUUACUCGCUCUUACUCACGUAGUGUGGCAUCAUAUGGGAAUCGGACAGCUCUCACUCGUUCCGCAGUUUUUAAAAGAACAAGUCAAACCUAACGUAAUGACAGAACUGCAACUUUUGUAUGUCUUUCAUCUGAUCGGGCCGUUUUUGCCGAGGUUUCAGCAUGAGCGAACACGAUGUAUGAUUGACGUAGCAGUGGUUUUAUACGACAUGCUCUUGCAAGUCAGCGAAAAUUGUGAUGACAUACGUUUCAUGGAUGAAAUUGCCGACUUCUUAUAUCAUCUCAAGUACAUGCAUAUUGGAAUAGCGAUUAAUAAUCAAGUAGAAGGUAUUAUUGAUCGUUUGAAACCAGGCAUGCGGAAAAGAUUAAGGUUCAUCAUCCACACCGCAAGUGCCAAAGAACAGUUCAGAAGUCCGAGUGCACCGUCCUCUGCUAGUCACGGUGAUGGGACCUAAAGAUUGUGGAUACAAUUGGACUUGGAUACAAAUAAUUUUUUUUAUCUUCAGUAAAACCUUAGGACAAGUAAUAUGUAUACUUUAAGCAGCUUAUAUUUCAACAUUAAUAAGAUGGCUUAUCAUAUAGCGCAGGUUUUCCUAAACUUUCAAUCUUGCGACCCCUUUCAAUAAAUUGAAAGUUUCCGCAACCUCUGUUUACGUUUGAAAUGCUGAACCGUUCAAUGCAAGCAUGCCGCUUUUCUGAUCCUAUGUAUUUUCUCGAAAUCGCGAGAUUUAUGUUUUGCAAUAGCUUUAAUAAUUGUGUUUUGGAUCAGAAAUCUAAAAAGAUAUAAUAGCUAUAUUACCCUGUGUUAAAUUGAUGUACUCGACCCCCAAAAUUCGUUGCUCGAAUUCCCCCCCCUGUUCCUCAUGAAUGUUUCAUUGAUUGUGUGCUAUAGAAUACUAUAAAAAGCAGACAUUCAAAUAUUUACUCUUGUGUGGGUGGGGUAGGGUGUGUGGUUUUGAUUACAACACUGUCUUUAACUAAAUUCAUGUAGGCAAAAUCUCUUUUUUCUGAAUUUUUAUUUUAAAUAAUUUAUAAAUUUAGGAUAGGGGGAAAAUAAAACUGUAUAUCAUAGCCUAGCUAUCAUAAAGAUUUUAAUUUUUCCCAUGGACAUAAAUAUUUAGGUUUUUUUUCAAAAUAAUCAUGUUCCAAAUGACCUGGGUCUGUUUUUCGUAGUCAACCUGUACGAGGCUAUUUUUGGAAUGUUUGAUCACCCACCCAUAGUCUACAAUAUUUAUUCCAAUAUUUGUUUGUUGUGUUUGCUUUGCUUAGUUACUAUAUCAGUUUUACUGCUUUGUGUAUAUAUUGUGUUAUCAUGCAGACUUGGUUGUAUGGUUAAAUACUCCGAAUUUAUUCUGAAAAAAUUUUAUUCCCUAAUUGAAAAGGUUAGAAGUGUUGCACGAAUCCUUUAUUGUAGAGCAGGAAAUAGAGAGCCUUCAUAAAGUUCUGUAAUAAAUUAGGCCAGAAAAAACUUUGGGGUUUUUCGUGCAACUUAUGGUUGGUGUAUUAAAUGAGGUAAAAAACAAACCUGGUUAAGAUAUAUUGUGAACUGACUUUGUCACAAAGUCAAAAUUGUAUAAUUGGACUUUAUGAACACCCUGUAUAAUGGCCAUUUUCAAACCCAAUAGAAAUAUACAUUUAAGUAAUUGUUUAGUUUUGAGAAAUUUCUUCAGUUAAUUAACAGCAAUUUUACGUUGAUUAUUUUUAUUUUGUGCUUUUUGUGGUUCUACUUUGUUGUGACCUACAUUGAUAAUAAUAUUUGAUUUGCAGGCAAUAAUAAUUAAUUUGCAACAAGAGGUUGAUGCCUUUUUUCUUUUAUGAUUCUGCAGCUGUUCAUAGACUUUUGUUAUGAUCAAUAUACAUUAGUCAUUACCAAGAUCGAAGUAUUUUUAACUUGUUUGAACUUGUUCGUUUUAUUUGUAAUAUUUUAGAGCAAAGUUAAUCAGUCAUUCAGUGAAUAAUCGAUUACCCAUCAGCAUUUUGUAUUUACGGUACUUAUCGAUCUCGAUAAGUAUGUUGAUAGGUAUUUGUUUGUCUGUCUGUUUAUUUGUCUGUUAGAUGCAAGCGAUAUCUCACAAAAGCGAGGUUGAAUCUGCUCCAAAUUUUGCAUGUGCCUUCAUCAUAUUUCAGACCAGAAGCCUAUUGAUUUUGGAUGAAAUAUGUCGUAUAAUUAGCGAGUUAUUAAUUAAUCAGUGAUGGGACACACAGUGUCGCUAUGGAGUAAGAGCGGAUAAAUCGAAAUCGAAGUUUCUAUUUUGGGAAUCCCCUAACUUUCGAUCGACAAGUCUUCAGUCUCCGACUGAUAUUCUCGUUUUUAUGGUUUGCCCUUGCAUCCUAGUCUCGAAAACAAAGCUUCUUAUAAGCAGCCAUUGAUGCAACGAGACUAAAUGUUUCCAAUUAGCACUGUAAACUUAUUUGAAUGACUGCAGAUAUAUUCAAAACUCCCAUUCCAUUUUGAUAAUGUUUUUUACAUAUUAAUGGCCCUUUGAAAAAAACAAAAAUAUCAUCAUAGUUGAUGUUUGACGUUUGACGGUUUCGAUGAAAACCUGUUCAAAAAUGAAUUAAUAUUAACUAAAAUAUUGAAAUCCGGGCGCCCGAACAGUUGAAGAAUUAAUAGAGAGUUAAAUGGAAAGCCAAAUAGACCCUCUUUACCCUUCACAUCGCCAUGAGGAAGUUCAUUCUAAAAUUUUCAUCAAUAAUAUACAGGGUGGUUAAUAGAAAAACAGAAAAUUUGUCAAACAGUUAUUUCUUUUUACAAAGAAUAACUUUUACAAAGUUCUGUAAAGGCACAUGUUACAUUACACUCAAAGAUGCUCAAAAUGUCGUCCGUGCACUUCAUAGUAGUGUAACAAUUUAAAAGUCCAAGCUCAUGUAGCGUUUUGAAGAUUUACUUGUGGGAUAUCGUUCCGAGCUUGUUUUCAAAUCAUCAUUUGUAAAAAUAAAUAGCUGUUUGAAAAAUUUUCUGUUUUCCUAGCAACCACCACCAUAACAACAUGCCUUUGUUAGAAGAAUGUGUGACCACAGUGUUUAUAAGUGCGAUGAUGACUCAUUGAUCUUGUGUGAUUUCAUUGCUGUAUUAAUGAACCUGUGGUUUUGAACAGGCUGAGAUUUCAUCAUAUUCUCUUUUGUUUUGUGUUUAUUUUGUAUUCGCAUUAAAGCAUGCUAAUGCUGGGCUACUCAACUAUUUUUACCGAAGAUCCUCAUACAAAACUUAGAAAUUAUUUGGGUCCCGUCUUUCCAGAAUUUAUAUUUCGGCAUCCUUAAACGCACACUUCCUCGACCAGCUGAUGAUUAUUAGCUAAUCAAGAUUGUUUAUUAUGGUGUUAUAGUUUUUUUUCAUUUACCGGUAUAUUCAAACUAUAAAAGUCAUUUUAUAAAAGGAAACUUCACAAGUGGGAUUAUUGAUCCAAAAUAAAUAAUUAGGUGCGGUCUGAAUCAAAUACUCGAGAGGUGCGCCAGUUGAGUAGCUCUGUGCUAAUGUAUUGUGGCUUUUGUGCUGUGUUAUUAAUUAUGAAGUCUGGUAUAUUGUAGUACUACACUUGUGUAGAUAAGCAAAUUGUGUAGCGAUGCAAAUUGUCGCGAUACCGCAGCAUUCUUGCCUUCAUCUUCUCCAUAUUGGAAUGUUAAUUUAUGUGGAAUUGAUGUCCAACACCAAGUUAAAUUUGUUGGAUCUUUAGCAUGAGAAUGUCACAGAGUGGGCCAUACUUCCUUACAUAAAAAUUCAGUAAUUACUCCUGGAAAAAUAUUGACACUGACAGAUGACUUGACUUGAAAAUAGAUACAAAACUACCCUGCCAAUCUCAUUUGGAUAAGAACUGGAGAGAAGAAAUAAAAUGCCAAUUUUUUUGGUAUCAUUAUUGUAGAGCGCUAAUGUUAAGUUUUACUUGCUUUUCCCAUUCAAUUUCAAUCAUGUUCCUUUUGUAUUUAGA